AUGGCAGGGUGUAACUGGUCCGAGACUAGAUGUAGAGCUUUGAUGGAAUUCGCAAACGCCAGCUUUGGUUUGGAGUAUUACACGCAGAAUCACUCCCGGCGGCUUAAUCUUCAUCACCGAGGCACCACCGGUGUCUCCUACUGGCCCUGGUUUCCUCAUCUUCUGUCAACUGUGGCAUGUUGGCGUGCAUCUCAUCAAGUUUAUCAACCCAAUGGAGCUGCACCCAUAUCAUCGACGAGCAAGCCCAUAUCAAACAGAUGGAGAAUUCUCAUGCCAGAUGGGUCCUAUGGCAAGUACCCAACACCUAGGCGAUUGGAAACCUCUGAAAUACUUGACGUAGUGGAGAAUUAUCGCCAGGCAGCCGUGAAUGCCAUUCGAGCAGGAUUUGAUGGAAUCGAGAUCCAUGGGGCUCAUGGUUACCUCAUUGAUCAAUUCUUAAAGGAUGGGAUCAAUGACCGAACAGAUGAUUAUGGUGGAUCAAUCAACAACAGGUGCAGAUUCUUAAUGCAGGUGAUUCAAGCAAUAGUUGAUGCCAUUGGUGCAGAUCGUGUUGGUUUCAGAAUGUCACCGGCAAUUGAUCACCUUGAUGCAGUAGAUUCUGAUCCACUGAACUUGGGACUUGCAGUGAUUGAUAGACUUAACAAACUUCAGUUAAACGUUGGAUCAAAACUCGCCUAUCUCCAUGUCACUCAGCCUCGCUACACAGCUUACGGUCAAACAGAAUCAGGCAGAGGUGGCUCUGAAGAAGAGGAAGCUCGGUUAUUGAGAACAUGGAGAAGGGAGUAUCAAGGAACUUUCAUUUCUAGUGGUGGGUUCACAAGGGAGCUAGGAAUGCAAGCUAUAGCUGAAGAUGCUGCAGAUCUGGUAUCCUAUGGCCGACUUUUUAUUUCAAACCCGGACUUAGUUUUGAGAUUAAAGCUCAAUGCACCCUUGAAUAAGUAUGUCAGGAAGACUUUCUACACCCAAGAUCCUGUUGUCGGCUACACAGACUACCCAUUUUUGAGUGAAGUAAAUGGGAACCAAGAGCCACUUUCACGCCUCUGAACUCAAAGUAAUUGGAACUUUUGUGUAUCGUAUAUGCAUUUGAAGUUUUAAUAAACAUCCGGUAUUUGGUCUAUAAGUGAAUGGCUUUGUCAAGACUUUCAGCUCAAACAAAGGUAAUUAUUUGUAUCCUUCUUUGUUUGAAAGAUUUAAAGUGUUUUGUAUAAUAAUUUAAUUCACAUAAACAUAUGUUCAAAAGAAAAAGGUUUGUGACA